CCAAUCAACCAGAGCCACAAAGAGAAGAAGACGACGACGUCAAUCAGUUACAGAUCUCCAACACUUUCAAAUCUUUAUCUUUCCGAUUUCCAAGCCUUAUAUACAUCUUAUCAUAUUCAAUUUCGCUUAAUCUCUCUCUCGAUCUCGGGGAUUAAUUUAUCAAUGUUUUUGGAUCUAGAAAACCUGCAGAUUGAUGAUUGAUCGGUUGUUUGGCAAAUCGAUCGGCGGGUGCCAUGGAGGAGACGACGCAGACACUGUUUGGAAAGUACGAAAGGGGGAGAUUGCUGGGGAAAGGGACGUUCGCCAAGGUUUACUACGGCAAGCACCUGGUUUCCGGCGAGGAUGUGGCGAUCAAAGUGAUCAACAAGAAACAGGUGAAGGAGGAAGGGAUGGUGGAGCAGAUCCUGCGAGAGAUUUCCGUCACGAGGCUCGUCCGCCACCCCAACGUGGUGGAACUCAAAGAAGUCAUGGCCAACAAAGCCAAGAUCUUCCUCGUCAUGGAGUACGUCAACGGCGGCGAGCUCUUCGCUAAGGUGGCGAAGGGGAAGCUGUCGGAGGCCCUUGCCAGAAAGUACUUUCAACAGCUGAUCAGUGCGGUCGAUUUCUGCCACAGUCGAGGUGUCUACCACCGUGACUUGAAGCCGGAAAACCUUCUUUUGGAUGAACACGAGGACCUCAAGGUCUCCGAUUUUGGACUCUCGGCCUUGCCGGAGCAACGUUGGAACGACGGUCUUCUCCACACCCAGUGUGGAACCCCGGCCUACGUCGCGCCGGAGGUGCUCCGGAAGAAAGGCUACGACGGCGCCAAAGCUGAUAUCUGGUCUUGUGGGGCCGAGUUCGAGUAUCCGCCAUGGAUUUCUUGGGAAGCAAGGAGAUUAAUUUCGAAGCUCCUCGUGGCCGACCCAGAAAGACGCAUCACGAUUCCGGCGAUAAUGCGAGAAACGUGGUUUAGGAAAGGAUUUGCAAGAAGAAACUCAUUUUCAAUUCGGAAUUCAUCGCCAUUAGAAGAGCAGUCAACAGAACGAGCAAACGAUGAAAUGCCUUCUUCUUCUUCUUCUUCUUCUUCAUCUUCUUCUCCUUCUUCUUCUUCUUCAUCAGUGCCGGUACUGAAGCAACAAUCGAGUAAGAUGAAGAAGUCGGCUUCGACACCUUCAUUCCUGAACGCUUUCGAGUUCAUAUCGUCAAUGUCUUCUGGGUUUGACUUGUCGAGCUUGUUCGAGAACAAGAGGAAGUCGAAGUCCAUGUUCACUUCGAGGUCGUCGGCGACAACGAUCGUGGACAAGAUCGAGGAGGUGGCGAAAGGGUUGAGCUUUAAGGUGGCGAAGGUGCAGGACUUUAAGCUAAGGCUGCAAGGCGAGACAGAGGGGCGGAAGGGGCCGCUGUCGGUGGCAGUGGAGGUGUUUGAGGUGGCGACGGAUCAAGUGGCGGUGGUGGAGUUUUCCAAGACCUCCGGCGAUACUCUGGAGUAUGCCAAAUUCUGUGAAGAGGAUGUUAGGCCAGCAUUGAAAGACAUUGUUUGGACAUGGCAAGGUGACACUAAUUCUAACAAUGGCGAUCACUUCGAGGGGGACUCAUGCGAAGAUCAUUUGUCAGAUAAACCCAACCAUGGUUAGUUGUAUUUUUUUUUUUCUUUUCUUUUGUACAACUCAGGACCUUGACGAGCAAUUGAGGUUCCA